UUGCAGUGAGUCUCGAAAUGGCUCUUCUGAGACUAUCAAAAUAACGUAUUUGCUAGUGGGUCGGCGGAGGAUGGAUAAGAGCUGCACUAGACUGCACUUUUAGUUUAGCUUACAUCAUAGGUGUAUAUGCAUGCUCCACACUAGUUAAUGAGUCACAUCACCAAAACCCAAGUCAAUCACGUACCCACUCACUAGCUUCUUCCCCAGUUGUAGUCUCUCAUCGAAAAGACCAAUGUGAACCGUAGCAUUAAAGCCAAGCCUGCCGCACUUCCAUGGCAGUUAGCUAGCUCGUAUACCUAUAUAGAAACAGAGACUACUGGCCUACUGCACAGGUUGAAUGUGUGAAAUAAUGCGUGCUCUGGUUCUUCUCUUCUUCGUUUGCUUCUGGCUGUACGAUGUCACUCACAAACACAACUCGAUCUCUGUGGCUUCACAGAGCACGGAGGAAGACACUGUCUUUGUCAAUGGAACAGCUGCAAUCGGAAGCAUAGACGAUGACUUUGUUUGUGCUACAAUGGAUUGGUGGCCGCCGGAGAAAUGCGACUAUGGAACUUGUAGCUGGGGCAAUGCUUCUCUUCUUAAUGACCUUGGCAACGAUAUACUUUUGAAUGCAAUAAAAGCAUUUUCACCCUUGAAAUUUAGGCUGGGCGGCACCUUACAAGACAAAGUCAUAUACCAGACAGAAGACAGUCCAAAACAUCAUACUUCAUUUGUCAAAGAUAGUUCACAGUUGUUUGGCUUCUCUGAUGGUUACUUACCUAUGCCUAGAUGGGAUGAACUGAACAUUUUGUUCAAGAAUGCUGGGGCUGUUGUUAUAUUUGGACUAAAUGCACUGCAAGGCAGGACCAUAGAUUCCCAUGGUGCUGCUGUGGGUGAUUGGAAUGCGAGUAAUGCUGAAUCUUUUAUAAGAUAUACAGUCAACAAAGGAUACACAAUUCAUGGUUGGGAGCUAGGAAAUGAACUAUGUGGGAGUGGAGUUGGAACAAGAGUCACAGCAGACCAAUACGCUUCGGACAUAAACUCUCUCCAUAACAAGGUGCAAGAUAUUUAUUCAGGUUCUGAAUUAGCUAAGCCACUAGUCUUGGCACCAGGAGGGUUCUUUGAUUCCAGUUGGUUCUCAGAUUUUGUUGAUAAAGCACCUCAGUCUGUUCAAGUACUCACACACCACAUAUACAACCUUGGUCCAGGUAGUGCCCCGGAUCUUGUUGACAAGAUCCUCGAUCCAUCUGUUCUUGAUGGUAUUUCCAAAACCUUCAGUGACCUACAAAUGCUACUUAAGAAUUCAAAAACUUCAGCAGUGGCAUGGGUUGGUGAAUCAGGAGGUGCUUACAACAGUGGUCACAAUCUUGUUACAAAUGCAUUUGUAUUCAGUUUCUGGUACCUGGACCAGCUUGGGAUGGCAGCAUCUUAUGAUACGAAAACAUAUUGCAGACAAACACUCAUUGGUGGAAAUUAUGGCCUCCUUGACAUCCAAACCUUUCAACCAAAUCCUGAUUAUUACAGCGCUCUUCUUUGGCAUCGUCUAAUGGGAAACAAUGUCCUGUCAACAAGCUUUUCCGGGACAAAGAAACUGCGCACUUACUCUCAUUGUUCCAAGAAAACACAAGGAAUCACAGUGCUGCUCAUCAACUUAGACGGUAACACUACAGUUCAAGUAGAUGUUUCAACUGAAAAUGGUGGCAGCCGCAGUACUUUGAAUUUGGAACAAGGCCUCAAGGAUUCUAAAACAACCAAGAACGAUGUAAGAGAAGAAUACCACCUAACAGCUAAAGAUGGGGACUUGCACAGCCGAGUUAUGCUUCUAAAUGGGAAAGAACUAACCGUAGAUUCAGCAGGAAAAAUCCCAAGUUUGGAGCCAGUGAUAGUAGGGAUGUCAGAUCCCACCUCUGUGGCACCUUUCUCUAUUGUAUUUGUUCACAUUCCCAACAUAACUGUACCUGCUUGUAAAUAGAUAGAGCUAGUUCUUCUUUGUGACCCAAGACUUGUAAGAUUAACAAGAUAUUACAAGUCUCACAAUUUACAAGAAAAGGAAAAACUCUUAAUUUACAAGAACUUUCUUUUCUUUCAUUAGCCUUUGAGCCACAAGAAUGAAAUGUGGCGGCUUAAAAGGAAUGAAUGAAUGAUGAUUUUAUCA